CUGUAUUCUCUAAUGCUUGUAUACAAACACGAGUUUCCAGUGAUUAGAUACAAUAAAGUAUCAAAUAACGUUCUGUGUAAUAAAAUUAUACUUAGAUGGUGAAACUUUAAAAUUGUAAUGGUUAUAAAGAUGUGGCCUUAUUUGACUUAUUACAAUGACUGCGUUGAAUACAGUAACAACUCACGUUUUGGAGCAACUUUUUCUUGAUAAUCAGAAUAAAUUCUACACCUAUUGUUGCUAUUAGCACUAUUCACGUAAAUUUUUGGCCAGCAUAAGAUUGUGCAUCUAUCAUGAAUGAAAAUUUGAUGUCAAACAGCACUAAAGUGAAUUCUCUGUCACAAUCUUAUUCUAAAGGAAUUCAUGGAAUUCUUCAAGAAGAGCAAGAUUUUUUUGACGAUUUUCAGCUGCCUUUACAUCUUCUAGAAAAGCGCAAAAAGAUCUGGAGUAAUUUAUUCGAUAAAUAUUCAGCCAAUACAUGUCAAAUUGAAUUAAACGUUAUGACUAUGCUACCAGUUAAAGAAGAUAAUAACAAUGAUGAAGAAAAACGGUUACCAAUGCGUAAAUCCAUGUCAGUGGUGCAGCAAUGGAUCAAUACAGGUAAUCUUUAUGACAUUGUAACCUGUAAGGAAUCCAAGUCAGAUUCGGGAUCAUCUCUCAAUGAAGAAUUACUAGAGCCUCAUUUGUCCCUAAAUUCUCUAGACCCCACUGAUGAUUCUAGUUUAGAAAAGCAUCCUGAAAAUCCUUCCAAUGUUUCUCAUCAAUACCAAAAAUUGUCCAGUUCCUCUGAUAGCUCCGUAAACACUGCAGUUUAUAUUUUGGCCAACAAUGAUGCCAAUAAAAAAGCAUAUGUACCCAUUUUGAGUUCUCUUAAACGUAAUAGGAUAAAGAAGAAUGUAGCUUCUGAGAAAACGUUGGUUAACUGUGCAGGUAAUACGAAUAAAUUUGGUAGUAACGAAAAAGUAGGUCGGGCAACAGUCAAUGAUUUAAUAGAGAAUAAUUUUGGAAAAAACGUUUCUUCAGCUGAAAAUUGUAAUCUGUAUAAAGAUAAAAGUAUUGGUUAUCUCAAUAUCAGCAAAGAUAAAAAAGAAAAAUCAACAGAAUAUAUUAAAAGUCGUCUCGAUUCGUUUCUCGCUCGCAGCAGCAAUGAAUCAAGUGUUGAAAGAAAACGCGAUAAUCCCCAAAUCGCAAGUUUGCACCAAAAUCAUGGUUCUAGAUUCAGUGGUGGUUCGUGUGGUCAAACAACCAACAGCACUACAAAACUACUCAAGCGGAAAAAAUUGUACAAUUACUCGGAAUCUCUUGCAGAAUUCACACCAUCCGAAUGUAACAUGAGCUUCAAAAUUUAUGAUGGAAUAGGAAAAAAGAAAUAA